GUUUUUCUCGAAAAACGACAUCUUUCGAGUAUUUCGUAUUUUUCGACCGGAAGGAAGCAAACAUUUGCUGAGACUAAAAGGUAGUUUUUCGUGGUCAGCAGCUCAAGCUCUAUCCAAUGAUGUAAAGAAAACACGAAAACAUUUUUUUACAGAAAGUUUGAGUUGCCUGCACCUUACCUAGAAUUAUAAAUCCAGCACAUUCUGGUUAUACCAUAUUGCUUGUAAACAAAAGUGUGAAUUUGCUAUUCAUGUUUGCAAUAAAUACCAUGAAUUUCCACGCGUGUCGUUCCAUAUAUGAACUACAUGGGAUAUACACGAUCGUAUGCGGCAGAUGUAUGUCGCUGUACGUGACCGUACAGCGCGGUCGCAAGGUGAAGAAGUAAAUUUUGUAUAAUGAAGAUGCCAGAGAUAGUAGUGACGAAGACCAAAUUCGUUGUUGAUAUAGCUUUUUUUAGUAGAGCUGCGUAUUAUCCAUAAAUAUCCCUAGUGAAUGUACUUGCGAGUGGGCACUUGUUUACUUGCAAAUUUCUGCCGGUACUUGACAAGUACUUGACAUGCAUUAUAAGAACUUGGCAAGCAUUUUCCAAAAAUACUGCUUAAUAAGUACUUGUGCAAGGACUUGCGGAAAAUUGCAAGUAAACAAAUACCUAAGUAGAUUUAGUAAAUACAUAAACUAAUUUUUAAUAUCUUUCUAUCUAUUUUUUUUCCAUCUUUUCACAUUCAUCAGAAUUGUUUCUUACGCGCUCACUAGGUUAAAAUAAAAGUAAAACAACAGAAUAAACAUUAUUCUACCAACACAUACACAUUAUUUGUCAUGUACUUCCCAAGUACUUCAAGUACUUGUAGAAUUUAGUCAACAGUAUCACUUGCCAAGUAUGUGAUUUACUUGUCAAACUUUCCUCAGUACUUGCGGACUACUUGAGUAAGUACUUAGCCAAGUGCUUGACAAGCAGAUCAAGUAAUUCAAUUACUUGAUUUACUUGCGAAAAAAGCCAGGAACGCUAGACAAAACGUGCGAGGGUAUUUGGGCAAGUACUUAUAUGCAAGUACAUUCACUAGGGAUAGAGUCAGCAAAACGUCUUAUUAUAUAUCUUUCUACUUCUGUUGUUUCUAGAAAGCAAUCAAUCAAGCAAUUAUAUAUUUCUAUUUUGAGUUAUGAAUGUUGAGUACUCAUUAAUUAGAAAGUGAUCGCGUUUUGGAAACGCUGACCAACGUGUUUUACUCGUUCCAAUAUGUGACCACUUUUAUACUAAUUUUGGUUGUAUUUUUAAGAAACUGCGUUUUGAAGACAACAGUCUAAUCUAUCAGAUAAAGUAUUUAAAAUUCUAUUCUAAUGGAUCAGCUAGAUACAAAAAGAUUGUCUAGCCACAAAAUUCAUCCCUUUUACGGGCAAAUGUGUGAAAAAGUUGAAGAAUUAGAAUGAUAUGACACUUAAUCCUGUAAAUACUAGAGGUUUAAGUAAAUUUUAUAGUUUAGUUGAAAAGAAGAGAAAGCGGGAUGUAUCAUCAUUUAGAGGAUGAAUUAUGGAAACAAUAUGAGUUUAUUUUAUAUACCAGUGUAUUUCUUUACUAGGUAUGGUUGUGACUAAUGAUGAUGAAACCGAUGAUCGCAUAUUUAUUCGACCAUCAAUGGAAAAAUUUAAAUCAACCACGAAUCCUUAUCUAUACAUCUGCGAUGAUGGUUAUUCAAAACCCAAACUUGGCUUCAUAGCUAAACAGUUUAUUCAAUUACUUUCGGGUCUAGGCAUUCGUGAUGAAAUAUUUUUGAAAAAACAAGAAGAAUAUUUUAAUGAAAUUCGUUCCAUGUGUUCUAAUCGUGAUGUAGCUAUUAAAUAUUGUCUUUAUUUUGAUCGAUUGGAUCUAGUAUCAGAACUAAUGGAUACGACAAAAAAUUUUAGUGAAUCUAUGAUGAAUGAAUUAAAAUUAAUGCAGAAACGAUCAAGUUCAAUUGAAAGUAUAAAUAAAUUAAAAAUUCCAAUAACAAAAUCUCGACUUGCAUUUGGUGUUGCUGAUACUACAGGUGAACUUCGAGCUGGUGAAAUUUUUUUUCAGCCAACAUUAAACGGUCGACCUUUUAUACUUGAUGGUGCACGAGUUAUGGUAGCAAAAUCGCCAAGUUAUCAUUUGGGAGAUAUUCGUGUAUUAAGUUUACGUGUUAUCAAAAACUUAUCUUAUCUGUAUGAUUUGAUUGUAUUUCCAACUCAAGGUAAUCGUCCACAUUCAAAUGAAAUAGCUGGUAGUGAUCUUGAUGGUGAUCAUUAUUUGAUCUGUUGGGAUGAAGAAUUAAUACCUGAAAACUUGAAUAACCCAAUGAACUAUUCAUCAAACUCAGAAGCCAAGAAAACUCCAAAUAUAACGCAAACAGAUAUCAUUAAACAUUUUGCAAAAGUUGCACAUGACAGCACUGUUGGUACAAUUAGUAAUUAUUUCAAUAAAUGGGCCGAUCUCAAUGGAAUAACAUGCACACAGUGUCGACAAUUAGCUGAAUUAUUCUCAACCGCUAUCGAUGCACCCAAAACUGGUGAAAUUGUUAGAAUUCCCCCACAUCUCCGUCUACCUCAGUUAGAUACAACUGAUUCUUCUAUCACAGACAAUAGCCAGAGUGAUAAUAAUAAAAAAGAAUUCGUUUGGAUAAAAAUGCGAAAAAAUGGUGAAUCAUUUAUAAAAUCAUCAAUAAUUCAAUCUGACUUAGAUAUGUUAUUAUCGAAACAAACACUAUUAAAUAUAUUUUUGGAGCGUCGUUGUCCUCAAUAUUAUAAUUUUUAUAAUACUCAAUCACUGGAUGAAUAUAAUCUCAUAUGUUUAGCAAUUAAAUGGUGUAAUGAACAGAAAGAUGGUAAUGGUGAAAAUCUCAAAGAUUUUUAUUCUUUAUUUGAUUUUAGUCAAUUAACAAUGAAACAAAAACGAGAUAUUGAAUUAUCAUGUGCAAUUGAACAUUCAAACAUCAUUUAUGAUAGUUUACAAAAAUCAAAAAUUCUAUCAAAUGAAUUAAUUAAACAAUAUCAUUUGAAUCAGACAACAUCAACAUGGCGUCUGUAUUAUGUUUCAUCUAGUCUAUUCAAUGUUGAAUCUUCUUCUAGUUCAAAUCUUUCAUUGGCACCGAUUAUUUAUGCGUUAAAAGACAAUAAAAAGCUCCAACGUACCUUGAUUAAUAUUAGAAUAGAUUUGAAUGUAACACUUGUAUUUGAUAUUGAUUCAGGUGCAUUAUCGAAUGAUCCUGAUGUCAUUACAGAUCGUCAUGAUAAAGCAAUGUCAACAACAUAUCAGAUAAAUCCAGGUAAAUGA